GAGUGAAUCUGGUCUUCAGCAUUCGAGUCUUGAUUUUGAAGGGAAAGUGGGACUCUGUAAGGCACUGAUUCUGCGAAACAUAUGAUUUUCAGGCAUUAGAAGCCUGUCAAUGAAAUCCCCGGACAGUGUUGCUCAGGGUCAAGGUCAACUUUUUUUCGCCUCAUACUCCGAUGGCGAGAAGUUCCUUCUUUCUCCUGUUUGCGGCAUGUUGCUGCGUAGUUUGGGAUGCGAACGUUCCCCUAGGCAUGUCCGUGGAACUCAAAGAGGGUGAGGCACCUCAGUGGGCGCAAACCCAGGCCACGCAUUCAGAAGCGCACAAGGCCCAAAGGCACAGCAGGCCACCACAGGUGUUGGAGUACAUAGUCCCCCAGCAAGUCUUCCAAGGAGGCUUCCGUCGGUUCAAUGCGAGCCCGACACAUGGAGAAAAAAUUCGAAUUGUUGACCAGUCAGGUAAAAUGCGACUUGAACCAUCCGCUUCGGCCGAUGACUUCACGCUCGACAGAGUUUUUCCCGUGGAAGGACACCUGUGCAACCUCGAGAAGACUGUUAGCUUAAACGCUCUCUUUCAGCGGUACACACAAAAGGAGAGAAAGUUCUGGAAGGAGAAAACUUUGCAUGGACAUAAGGUCUACGAAAUGACCUUACCCGUAUUCGAUCCUAGAAAAUGUUCUCCUCAGGUGCAUGAGCCAGCAGUCGAGUUCUGUGUCCUCUUCACCCCUGGACUCCCUGACAUGCUCGAAAAAGCAAAACGAUUAGGAUUUGCUCCGACGGCUCUUCCAGAUAGCCUUCUUGUUCGGAUUUUGUGGACUGCCGUGUAGCCGAUUUCUGAUACUGUCACGUCAUACACACGAAGCGCCACAUUCAUCCUCAGUGGAGGGUUACAGUUGAUCUUUAAUUCUGGCUGUGGCUGACAGUCAGUCCCCCGCGGUUCUCAGUGGAAAAAGUGCAUUGGUGAUAAUGAACCUGUGCUCUUUGACUUGUGUUUUGGGGAAAUCUGAACGCCGGCAACUUUUCACCUAAUUGCUCCCAAAAUCAAAAUUCCCCGCCAGAUAGUGUACAAAAGGGAGCUCCAGUGACGGGAGGGGAUCUCGCCUGUGUCGGGUUAUGCCGCGGGGCGGACUGUUGCCUUGCUCAUGCGAUGGAGUGACGACGAUUCGACUAGGACGUUGUUGUCACUACAUCUGCGUCAUCAGACUGUUAGGAAAGCAAGGAGGUGGAACUGGUCGGCCCUGUCUCUAGCCGAUGUUUCAUUGUUCGUGUAGUGCUGGUUAUUCUUUCAAGACAGUGCACUCCUGGGUUACCAUCGACAAUCCUCG